AUGCCCCAUGGGCAGCCACCCAUGCCCUCUCGACGACAGCAAGAGAUUCCUUAUAACGCGCCGCCGCCCAACAUGCGUCCUCCCCCAGCGUAUAUGGGCUACCCGCCUCCGAUGAGCGGCCAUGUUCCUCCUUACCCGCCGCAGCAGUACCAUCAAUGGUACUCGAUGUACCAGAUGCAACCGCAUCCCCAAAUGUUUCCUCCGCAAUAUAGACCGCCUAUGAUGAUGCAUUCUUACCCUCAACCCCCAAUGGUCUCUCCCGUCAUGCCGCCUCCCGCCCAUCCUAUGCAGUCAAGGACCUCGACGCCCUUCCAGUCGACCAUGUCUCCUCCCGUGGGACCCAUCCCGGCGCCGAUCCUCAUGCCGUCACCUUCGCCCGCUUUCCACCCCGUCUACCCAAACCCAAGCCCUGUGGUGUCCUCUCCCCCUGUUGCUUUCCCGGAAAGAGUCGACGAACCUCGGGAACCUUUCCGUCCUUCGUUGCCUUGGCUUUCUGUCCCCGAAGCUCCGUUUCCCGCCAGAGUCCCCCGCAGACGCCGGAAAACCCGCACCCUUCAAUCCUCGUCUGUUGCGGUUGAACUUCCUUCGAAGGAUCCUCCGCAAGGUGGUCACGUCGAACAGAACCCCGAGGCCAAAGGAGUCGAGUCACACACCCAAACACCGUCGGAGCCGCAAACGCCGUCAUUAUCUGGAGCCCAGUCGGCUGGAACCUCGACCCAACCCACGACACCCUCGUCCGCCGUUCACCCCUCUGCUCGUUCCCAAUCGCAGUCUAAAGGGUCGAAGCCUGCCGUGCCUGUAGUACCAGUGGUUCCAGUUAUCCCUGGCCCGAGCGGCUCUCGCCAAGGAGCUAAUGGCCACGCCAAUCACUCGCCCGAGACACCAAAGUCUGCGGUAGCUUCUGCGGACUCGGUAAGUGGGACUGCUCAAGAAACCACCCCAGACGGUGCCACAGAAGCGCAGUCGGCUGCCGCCGAGGAAACGAAGCCAUCUUCUCCCCCGCGUGCUACACCCAAAUCCUGGGCGGACCUGGUUCGCUCUAAGGCGCUCGCUAAAGGAGCCGGAGCCUCUGGCGCUGCCUCUGCUGUGUCAAACGGUGUGAUUAAGCCCAAAAGCGAGUCUCUCGCACAUGUCUUGGCCACGCUGGGAGAUGAUGUUUCUCAAUACAGUGAUAAGGUAGCCUUCCUCGAGCCUCGAGGUCUGGUCAACACAGGAAACAUGUGCUACAUGAACUCUGUCCUCCAGAUCCUUGUUUCUUGCGUCCCGUUCUAUCAAUUUCUGGACCUCGUUGGUCGUCGGGCGUCUCACAGUUUCCAAAGUGAGGUCCCGCUCAUUGAUGCUAUGGUCAUGUUCAUGAAGGAAUUUCGCAUAAUCGAUGCUGCUCAUUCCGAAGAGCAGCUGAGACUACGACUGAAGCCUAAUGAGCUUGAGCAAUAUGGCGAGGCCUUCACCCCCGAGUUCGUCUAUCAAGUGAUCAGACAGUUGCCGCGCUUCCGGGACAUGCGACGGGGCCACCAGCAAGACGCGCAAGAGUUCUUGGGAUUCCUAUUGGAAGAGAUGCACGAGGAAUGUGCUCGUGUCGCCAAGGACGCGCCGGUGAAAACAGAUGACGCUGCACCUGGCGAUGAGACUGCUGCUGACGGAGAGUCUGGUGAUGGAUGGUUGGAAGUUGGCCAUAAGCAAAAGGCCGCGGUGACCCGGUCGUCAGGUCACAUCGCUUUGGAGUCGCCCAUUACCCGAAUCUUCGGCGGAAAGAUCCGAUCUGAGUUCAGGGUCCCAGGAAACAAGACGUCCGUCACCUAUGAGCCUUAUCAGCCGCUGCAACUCGAUAUCGGGUCUCCUGAUGUUCACAACAUUGUUGAUGCGCUUAAAGGAUUGACCAAGCCAGAAAGCAUCCAGGGUGACUUUAACUCUCCUCGCGGACCCAAUGUUACCGCCACGAAGCAGCUGUUUAUCGAGGUCUUGCCUCCCGUCCUUAUUCUCCACCUGAAGCGCUUCCAGUACGAUAGCGUAACUCGAGGCACACAGAAGAUCUGGAAGAAGAUCGGGUACCCUCUCGACCUGGAGCUUCCUCGGGAGGUCUUCCCGCCCAACAAACGUAACAUCAUGAUGUCUCAGGGCGGACUGCCCAAGUAUAGACUGAUCGGGGUCAUCUACCAUCAUGGUAAGAACGCGAGCGGUGGCCAUUACACGGUUGAUGUCCGUCGACAAGACGGUCGUGAAUGGAUUCGCCUUGAUGAUACAGUUAUUCGCCGCGUCCGAAGCGAAGACGUCGCCGAAGCUGGAGGCGAAGAAGACCCGAAGGUCCUGGCUGCUGCUCUGGAACAGCACAAGCGCGACAAGGACCCCAACGCGAACAUUUAUGAUCAUAUCGAUGAAGCUGAACACUCCGACAACGAAAGAGGCUGGAGCCAAGUCAACGGAUCCGGAUCUGGUGGCCACUCCAGCAAGAAAUCUACGUCGGCAAUCCCGAACGGAACACCGAAUACUUCUUCGGGCGUCAGAACGCCCAUCGGACGGUAUGGUUCUCGAGACAACCGAGUGGCGUACCUGUUGUUCUAUGAGCGCGUUGCAUGA